AUGGCACGUGAUGCGUACCAUAGCAGGCUGCUGUUUAACGAAAACACAUGCGUGCCAAUUAAUCUGCUGGUGGCGGGGAGGAACGUGUACAACUCAAGCGUUUGCGAGAGGCUGAGCAGCUGCAACUUGCUGGUGGCGCGGCGCUGGCAUGUCAAGAAUUUUUGCCCCCUCGUUGUGCUGCAUAUUCUUUCUCAAGGCACGGGACCAGUCUUCAAAAUGCUGCCAAACACUGCACAAGUUUCACGGUGUGACAUGCUUGAAUUUGAAAGGCUGCACAAGUCCUGUUUGGAGGAAAGGCGAGGGCUGCUUCUGAGCUGCAUGGAUGAAGUGGCAAUCGUGCUGGCACCAUUGAAUGCUAUUGAUAACAACAAAAAUAUCCUCAUUUUCUGGGGGUAUUGUAUCGCAUCUUCAUUCAGUGCAACGCUAUUCGACCAUGGCCAAUUGCCUCUCAUUCUGGAUCUGGACGAAACUGUUGUCAUGGGACACUCGACACACACCAUGAAACAAAAAAUGGCAUCUCUGGAGCAGGAGAUGGAGGACAUCAUCAAGAACCAUCCAGAAGAAAGUUGCUGGCUGGAGUCCAAGAAGUCUCAACACAAAUGGCUUGAGAAGCACCUGGGGCUGUUGGAUGGAUUCAGGCGGUUCGAUACAGUGCAGUGCGAUGGGAAACUACACAAGGCAGUGGUUGAGGAGGCUAUAGAUGUGCAGGACGGCUGCCUUGUGCAGCGCCCUGUGGUCCGUUUGCCAGAGCAAGGUUUGUUCUUCACACAGAUAAAACCAGGGAAUAAGAAUACCUCAAUGAUAAUAUGUGUUCGCCCAGGAUGGGGGAAACUAAAAACGUACCUUGAGGACAACAAGCGAAGGUGGCGUAUUUCUGUUUGUACAACAGCGGAGCGAGAGUAUGCCCUGGAAGUAUGGCGGCUGCUGGAUUCAGAAGCCACUUUGCUUCCCAUACCUGAUCGAGUUCAGAGGAUUGUAAACAUGCCAAAAAAUGGAAAAAAGUCACUUUGUGCUGCACUACACAUAGAAAUAUCGCAAGAUGGCAUACCAUCAACGUCGAAAUUGUCGCCUAUGUGCAUCGGUGUAUCAGGCAUGCCAUUCAGCCUGGCACUUGAUGACAGGCCCGACGCCUGGCAGGAACAAGACAGGCAAAAUGUAUGCAAGGUUAAAAGGUUUGCAAAGCUUCCUUGGAAAGCAGAAGAGGAAGAACGAGAGAUGCUUCGAUUGACUCGUCUGCUUCGGAGGGCGGGUGGCUGUGUACUGGGCUGCCAGGCUGCCUCCGAGGGAAUGGCUGCCUUGAUGAAGUCCGGAAUUACGGAUGCCAACAGAAUGAACGAAAUGGUGGCAGUGCUGAAUGCUUGUCCCAUGGUGAAAGACGUUGUGGAGGGUGGGGCACGAGUACAGAGGCGCCUGUCUAAUUGCGUGGAAGCCUUUCAAGGACACAAGCCGCGACUGUACAUUAAACAGCGAAGUGGGCAUGCUCUGCCAUUGUCUGCGAAGGCCCAGAACAGGAAAUGCAUGGCGGAUGGCACAUAUAGAGUAGAAACAAGCAACGGAUAUGUAAUUAUUGACAGGUGCAAAUUUCCAGAUCCAAAUUCGUUUGUUAAACCUAGGGAGAAUUGA